CUCGUUUUUCUGUCUAUACUUAUCUUCAUCAACUUAAAAUUUAAAUUUUUAAUUUUAAGUUUUUUUAUCAAAAUUUAUUUUGCAUCAUUUAUUUAAAAGAAUACGUAUAUAAAAAUUAUAUUUAUAAUUUAUUUUUUAAAUAUACCGUUUAGCUUAUUCCGACCGCAAAUCUGAUAUCUCCCCAUGAGAACAGCAAAAAAAAAAAAAAAAAAAAAAAAAAAAAAAAAAAAGAGGAAGAGCAAAAGCAAAAAGAAAGAAACCAAAUCCAAACCCAAACCCAUCCAUCACCGCAUCUCAUCGUCUCCGUCUCCGUCUCCGGCGAUGGCCACCAAGCCCCGCCGCCGCUCCCCGUCGCUCUCCUCCUCCUCCUCAACAUCCUACUCGCGCUCCCCCGCAUCGCCCUCCUCCUCCCCGUCGCGCAGCCGCUCCCCUCCCCGCCCCGCGGGGGGGGCCCGCUCGCCUUCGCCGCCGCCGCCACCGCCUCCUCCCAGGAAAGCGUCUCCGCCCCCUGAGUCCACCGUCCUCCAUGUUGACCAUCUCUCCAGGAACGUCAAUGAGGAUCAUCUCAAGGAGAUUUUUGAAAAUUAUGGUGAAGUCGUCAAUGUGGAGCUCUCCAUGGAUAGGGUGGUCAAUCUUCCCCGUGGGUAUGGAUAUGUUGAGUUCAAGAAUAGAGCUGAUGCAGAGAAGGCUCUUCUUUACUUGGAUGGUGGCCAAAUUGAUGGAAAUGUUGUUAAAGUCAGAUUCGCGCUUCCACCACAGCAGCAAAGAGCUGCUGCUUCUCCAAAAGCUCUUCACCCUUCACCAAAAAGGGAUGUGGUUGAUCAUAAUAAAGUUGGUCCUAGUGCUGAAAAGGCCACCAAACAGCAGCCCAGGAAACCAGCAUCUCCUCAAAGAAAGCCAGCUCCAUCUCCAAGAAGGCGAUCUCCUCCAAGUCGAAGAGUUGAAUCACCUAGGUGUAGGCCUGAUUCUCCUCCAAUUCGCCGUCGAACAGCUCCUUCUCCAAUCAGGCAUGGUGGAACUCCUAGCAGGAGACCAGGAUCCCCAAUCAGAAGGCGCUCACCCUCUCCGCCCCCUCGAAGACUAAGAUCACCAAGGCACCUAUCACCAAGAAGAGAUCGGGGCAGUCCAAUCCGCAGGCGCUCCCCAUUGCCUCGUAGAAGGCUGACUCCUCCAAGGAGGAUGUGGAGUCCUCCCAGAAGACCACAGUCACUUCGCCAUCGCAGUAGAUCUCCCAUUCACCGACCAAUUCGCUCCCCUUCCAGAUCGAUUUCUCCACGCAGGGGUCGGGGUCCUCCUGUGCGCCGUGGACGGUCAUCCUCAUCGUAUUCUGAUUCACCUACUCCUCCAAGAAGGGGACCAAGAAGGGUGCUCAGAAGUCGCAGUCCUAGAAGGCCUUUAAGAGGAAGAAGUGCCUCUAGCUACAGCCGUAGUAGCAGCAGCUCAGGUUCCCCUAUCCGCAAUUAAAACUCUUGGCAUGGCAUGGCAUGGAAUGGAAUGGUGUGGUGAUCCUGGUAGGUAAAUCUUUCCGUCUCGUCCCUUUUUAUCGCUGAUUUUGUGUCUUUUUGUCUUUGCUGCUGCUGUUUUUGUUGUCAAGCUUUGGUUCUUCGUGUGAGUUUGGGGCUUUGCGCGAUGGUGCAUGCGUUCCCUACGAUCAAGCUGGCACUGGAACAUUUAGAUAUUGCUGGAAGUUAAACAUUUUCAAGCUUCUUGGAGGCUCUGUCUGAACUCUGGAUUUCUCCUCUUGGAGGGAGCGAUGACUUAUGCAUGUCAAUGCUGCAGUAAAUAAAGUGGAGUACAUUAGUAUUCUGUAGUAGCCUAUUAAAGCACAGAUUUCUGUGGGUUGGGAAUCCAGGAGCACCAACAUUUACUGGUGAAAUUGAAUUCACCACUCACUUGUCGAACCUGAAGGCAAGAUUGACUUGACAAUUUCUCUUUGUAAUGGUUAUGUUUUGUUAUCUACGUGGAGUUAUUUUGGACAUCUGAA